CAGCCUCUCCUAACCACUUGUGCUUACGCCCUUGUUCGUCUCCCGGCGGCGUCUUCCUCUUUACUCCCGGUCUCCCUCCCUCCCUCGUCGCCGUCCGUCCAUCCAUCCGCUCCGCUCACCCCUACUCACUCCACUGACUGCACUGCACUGCACUGACUGGGGGUGUGCGGUGCAUCAGCCAUCAGCGGCGCCAGCCGCCAAAACACACAAACUGCUCCCCCGCCCGCGCUGGCGCUGGGUCGCCCGAUCGCCAUGCGCGCGGCGGCUUCCUGUUGGCGUUUCUAGAUGGGCUCCUCCUCGCUCCUCCUCUUCCCCUCGUCCUCCUCCGCCGCAUCCACCGCCCCCCACGCCUUUCCCCACUCUCAUGCCACCGCCACCGCCUCCACCUCCACCUCCACCUCCUUAUUGCCGCCGCUGCCUUCCCCCCACCACCUCCCCCUUCCUCCUCCGUCCUCUUCCUCCCAGUCCCAAGACCACUUCCUCCUCCACUACCUCCACCAGCUAGACCGCCAAGAAGCCGCCGCCGCCGCAGCCAUGGUUCGCAAGCGCCCCGCGCAAGACAUGGACCUCCCGCCGCCGCGCCGCCACGUCACGGGUGACCUCUCCGACGUCACGGCCGCCGCCGCCGGUAGUGGUGGUGCCCCGCCUUCCUCCGCCAGCGCGCAGCUGCCCGCGCUGCCCACUCAGCUCCACCAGCUUCCCCCCGCGUUCCAGCACCACGCCGCGGAGGUGGGCGUCCCCGUGCCCGCGCCUCCGCCCCCGCCCCCGAACCCGGCCGCCCAUGCGCAGGCGGGCGGCGAGGCGGCGGCGUCCACGACCGCGUGGGUGGACGGCAUCAUCCGCGACAUCAUCGGGAGCAGCGGCGGUGCAGCCGUCUCCAUCACGCAGCUUAUCCACAACGUCCGCGAGAUCAUCCACCCCUGCAACCCCGGCCUCGCGUCGCUCCUGGAGCUCCGCCUCCGCUCCCUCCUCGCCGCCGACCCCGCCCCACUGCCGCCGCCUCCUCCUCAGCCUUCGCAGCAGCAUGCUCUCCUGCACGGCGUCGGCGCUCCGGCCGCCGCCGCGGGGCUGACGCUCCCUCCCCCUCCACCGCUUCAAGACAAGCGCCGCCACGAGCCGCCGCCUCCUCCUCCUCCUCCGCAGCAGCAACAGCAGGAGGAGCCGCAUCCGGCGUCGCAGUCGCCCAAGGCCCCGACCGCGGAGGAGACCGCCGCUGCAGCAGCCGCCGCCGCCGCCGCAGCUGCCGCGGCCGCGAAGGAGCGGAAGGAGGAGCAGCGGCGGAAGCAGCGCGACGAGGAAGGUCUCCACCUGCUGACGCUGCUGCUGCAGUGCGCGGAGGCCGUGAACGCGGACAACCUCGACGACGCGCACCAGACGCUGCUGGAGAUCGCGGAGCUAGCCACGCCGUUCGGCACCUCGACGCAGCGCGUGGCCGCCUACUUCGCGGAGGCCAUGUCGGCGCGCCUCGUCAGCUCGUGCCUGGGCCUGUACGCGCCGCUGCCGCCGGGGACCCCCGCCGCGGCGCGGCUCCACGGCCGCGUCGCCGCCGCGUUCCAGGUGUUCAACGGCAUCAGCCCCUUCGUCAAGUUCUCACACUUCACCGCCAACCAGGCCAUCCAGGAGGCGUUCGAGCGGGAGGAGCGCGUGCACAUCAUCGACCUCGACAUCAUGCAGGGGCUGCAGUGGCCGGGACUCUUCCACAUCCUCGCCUCCCGCCCCGGCGGCCCGCCCAGGGUGAGGCUCACCGGGCUAGGCGCGUCCAUGGAGGCGCUCGAGGCCACGGGGAAGCGCCUCUCCGACUUCGCCGACACGCUCGGCCUGCCCUUCGAGUUCUGCGCCGUCGCCGAGAAGGCCGGCAAUGUUGACCCGGAGAAGCUCGGCGUCACGCGGCGGGAGGCCGUCGCCGUCCACUGGCUCCACCACUCGCUCUACGACGUCACCGGCUCCGACUCCAACACGCUCUGGCUCAUCCAAAGGCUGGCCCCCAAGGUGGUGACAAUGGUGGAGCAGGACCUGAGCCACUCGGGCUCCUUCCUGGCGCGCUUCGUGGAGGCCAUCCACUACUACUCGGCGCUGUUCGACUCGCUGGACGCGAGCUACGGCGAGGACAGCCCCGAGCGGCACGUCGUGGAGCAGCAGCUGCUGUCGCGGGAGAUCCGCAACGUGCUGGCCGUCGGCGGCCCCGCCCGCACCGGCGACGUCAAGUUCGGCAGCUGGCGCGAGAAGCUCGCGCAGUCCGGGUUCCGCGCCGCCUCGCUCGCCGGCAGCGCCGCCGCGCAGGCGUCGCUGCUGCUCGGAAUGUUCCCCUCCGACGGGUACACGCUGGUGGAGGAGAACGGCGCGCUCAAGCUCGGCUGGAAGGACCUCUGCCUCCUCACCGCGUCGGCAUGGCGCCCCAUCCAGAUGCCGCCGUGCCGUUGAUGAGAGCUGUUGAUUACUACUGCUACUACAACUACUACAGAGCUAAAUCAUUGUUAGUUAAGUUACCCAGUGGUAGAUCUUCUUAUUAAUUACUGCUCCUACUUGAGAGGUUCUGUUCUUCUGCCAGUUCUUUUGCAUCUGUAGCUAGCUGCUCGAUUUGGUUGGUCAUCAGUUCCCCGAGAUAAGAAAGCGAAAACAUUUCUUCUGAUCACUAAUUGCCGGAGUAGAUCCAUUCACAGUGAUAGUUACUGAUGUAAGCUUAAUUUAGUUUAAUGCUAGAUCGAUCUUGUUCAGCUGUGUCCAUCGUUUUGUUCAGCAAAAUGUAUUACCAGUUAGUCCUUGUUGUUAA